UGUGGACGCUGAUUUGAACUAGUUUCUUUUCUCCAUUCAAUUCAAUACAUUCGUAGCACAUCUUUUAGUAUGAAUAAAAUAUUGAAUAUUAUACAAAUAGUCGCAGUGAAUAAACAACUUAAAUAUAACAAACGUGAAAAAAUCGAACCGAUACAGUCAAAUUGGCAGUUUUGGUAGAUAUAAUUUCACAUCGGUUAAAAAAAAAGAAUUUUCAUUGCAAGUCGAACAUAAGAGUCCAUAAAACAAAAAUCAUAAAGUAACUUCGUAAAACUCAAUUUAACACUUUUCAUUAUAAAAAAGUGCGAAAUGAAAAAGCAAUCACCUUUUUUCCAGCGUCAAAUUUUGUUAGACAAUAAACUGUUGGUGCUAUGUUUUUUCGCUGUAAUUUCAUUUCCACGCAUAAAAUCCGGGACAAUACCCCAUAAACCAUUCGACUCAAUUAAUGGUGAACAACGACAAAAGGUCGGCACGUGUGAAAGUAUUAGCUGCUUAAAAAUAGCUUUCAAUAUAUUCAGUUACCUCGACGAAGAUAUUGAUCCUUGUGACGAUUUCUAUGAGUUUGCGUGCGGGAAUUUUCACAAAUAUGCAUCCAUUCCAGAUGGUAAAAAUGCAUUUAACGCAUAUUCAAAGGUUGAAGAAUUGGUACAACUGCAAUUACGUAAGAUUUUCGAUCAACCAUUGCCACCAAAUGAAUCGAAAGCGUUUCGCUUAGUGAAACAGUUUUAUUCAUCAUGUUUGAAUGAAACGUUGAUUGAAGAACGUGGCCUGCAGCCAUUGUUUGAGAUUUUAGAUUCGUAUGGCGGUUGGCCGGUGGUAAAAGGUGAUGCAUGGAAAGAAGAUGAUUUCGAUUGGAUUAAUACAGUUGGAUACAUUUUUGGAUUAGAUGUCGCUGCGGACAUGAAAAAUUCGUCAAAAUAUGUUUUGUAUAUUACCGAAUCAGACCAUGAUCUUCAUCGUGAAUUUCUAAUCGAAGGAAUGUCCGAUCCGGACGUUGAACUUUAUUAUAAUAUUAUGGUUGAUAAUGCUGUUAUUUUGGGAGCCAAUGAAAUUCAAGCCAAAGAAGAACUACAGGAAGCAUUGGAAUUUGAAAUAAGGUUGGCAAAGAUUGAAAUGUCUCGUGAAGAAGCUCGGAAUAUUACGUUAUUAUAUAAUCCGUAUACAAUCAAAGAACUUCAAUUAUCCUACCCGUACAUCCCGUGGUUGGAGUACAUUAAUUUAAUGUUACCAAAUGGAAUAAAUGUAACCGAAAACGAAACAAUUAUCAAUACAGCGCCAACAUAUUUUGAAAAACUGGAAAACAUUCUGAAUUCAACAUCAAAACGAGCAAUUGCCAAUUAUGUUUUGUGGCGUUUUGUAUUAUCCACUUCUCAGGCUUUAACAGCGAAAUUACGGAAUGCGGGACUUAUAAUGAGUCGUGAACGUUGGAGAGAAUGCGUUGACUUAACGUCCACCAAUUUUCAAUGGGCAGUGGGUGCGUUAUAUGUUCGAAAAUAUUUUCGCGAAGAAACAAGACGAGCGACCGUCGAAAUGGUGAAAUCUAUUCGAAAUGAAUUUAUUGAUAUUUUACGCAAUGCAACUUGGCUGGAUGAUGUAACUCGAGGGGAAGCAAUAAAAAAAGCAAAAUUGAUGGAUGCUCAUAUCGGAUACCCCAUUGAAUUUCACGACAGUAAUAAACUUGACAAAUAUUAUAAAGAUCUCGAAUUGGAACCCGAUAAUUUGUUCAUGAACAUUUUGCGUAUGGACAUAUUCAACACAGAUCGCAGAUUUGAUAAAUUGCGCGAGUCAACGGACGCCAUUGAAUGGGAGAUUACCACUGUAAAUGCAUUCAACAUUCCAAAUGAUAAUAGUAUUGUCCUUCCAGCUGCAACUCUACAAGAUCCUUUGUUUUCGAUGCAUGCACCAAACUAUAUGAAUUAUGCGUGCUUAGGAAGCAUCAUUGGACAUGAAAUUACGCACAGUUUUGAUGAUUUGGGACGACAACUUGAUUACGCUGGCAAUCUAGUCGAUUGGUGGGAUUCAAAGACAAAAACCCUUUUUCUCGAAUCCGCACAAUGCAUCAUCGAACAGUAUAGCAAAUACGUAGACGUCGAAUCGAAUUAUUCGGUAAAUGGUAUAAAUACAUUAGAUGAGAAUAUUGCCGACAAUGGUGGCGUUAGAGCAGCUUAUUUUGCCUAUUUUAAUAAUUGGGCUCAACAUCACAAGCCAGAAAAAUUGUUACCCAUUUUGUCAUAUGAUCAGAAGCAACUUUUUUGGAUAUCAUACGGGCAAACGUAUUGCGAAUUAACCACUAAAAACUACAACAAAUGGAUAAUUACGGUUGACGAACAUUCACCAAACAAAUUUCGUGUAAAUGGAGUGCUUUCAAAUAUUCCACAAUUUGCACAAGAUUUUAACUGUCCGAUAGACGCUAAAAUGAAUCCAACGAAGAAGUGCACCAUUUGGUAGUCAAUAAAGGCUCAAUUUUA